AUGAAUCGAAGUCAUGAUCAGUCAAAGAAGGAAGUCAAGAAAGAUAAGUCUUUGAUGCUGAAAUACAAAUCUGAAGAGGACUUUAGUGAUGAUGAUUCGGCUUAUCUCAUCAAUAGAUUUCAGAAGAUUGUGAGAAAAAACAAAUGUUUUAAAAAGGGAGAAAAUGUUCCUCGAACUGCCACUCAAAAUGAUACAUGUUAUAAGUGUGGAAAAGCUGGGCACUUUAUAAGAGAUUGUCAAUUACGCAAAGCUGAAAACAAAGAAUAUCAAAAAUCAAGAAGUCAUAAAGAGAAGAAAAGGGACUUGGUACUUAAUAAAAAUGAUCAAAAAGUUGCUACUGAUUAUGUGGUCAAAAAGGCUCUUGCUGCAUGGGGAGACUCUUCAAGUGACUCAGAAGAUCCUUAUGAGCCAAAUGCCGUGUCAAUGGUGGUGGUUCAUGAAGAGGAAACUAUAUUCAAUGAGAUGUUUGCUUUUAUGGCUCAUUCAGAAAAUGAAGAAGAGGAGGACAAGGUAACUCUUCUUGAUAUGAAACAUGAUGUGAAUACUUAUUCUCUUAAAAAAUUGAGAACAUUAGCAAAUGUUAUGAUUGAUUCAGUAAUUAAGUUAACUUCUAAAAGAGAUAUUAUGAAUGCUGAGCUUGAAAGUUUGAAUGAAAAUAGAGAUAAAAUGGAUGAGAAAAUGUUGAAAAUGGAAGAUAAAAUGGAUUCUCUAGAAUCUGACAAGAGAGAACUUAAAAAACAGUUGCAUCAGAUAAAUGAAGAAGCUGAAAAGCAAAAGGGAAAGUCUAAUGGUUUACAAGUUGAACUUGAAGAAAAACUGAAAACCUCUGAGACUAAUCUUGGGUUGGCUUUGGAGCAGAGCAACAACUUAGAAAGAGAUAUUUUCAAACUUAAGGAUGAACUUGAAAAAUCUCUUAAGUGGACAAAAUCAUCUAAGCUGCUGUCUAAUGUAACAAAUCAGAGUAAUUUCAAUAAGAAGGGUCUAAGAAGUUUGAAUAUUACUCCUCCUUUUAAUUCUCACAGCAAAUAUGUUUUUGUGUCUGACAAUUUGCUUUGCCUUCAUUGUGGUAAAAAUGAGCAUUUAAAAGAAUUGUAUACUGCCUCGAGAAAGUCACAUGAAAGACUUUCUAAGUAUACAAAGAAGCAAAGAGUAUCAAAUAGAGACCUGGUUCCACAAAACAAUUCUCAACUUAAAGGUUUUUAA